AUGGACUCCUACGCUACUCUUCUCAAGCGGGAGGAUGCCUGUGAAUCCGGCAAUGAGUUCGACGGCCGGCUGGGCCUUAGGAUCUCCUCCAUCUUUGUGAUCAUGGUUGGCUCCCUCUUCGGUGCUCUGUUCCCCGUCUUCGCCCGGCGCUGGAGCCAGAGCGGUGGAUUCCCUCAGUGGGCUUUCUUCGUCGCCAAGUACUUUGGAUCUGGUGUGAUCAUUGCCACUGCUUUCAUCCACCUUUUGGCCCCGGCCGAAGAGGCCCUGACAAACGAAUGUCUGACUGGUCCAAUUACUGAAUACAGCUGGGUUGAGGGCAUCGUCCUCAUGACAAUCGUUGUCCUGUUCUUUGUCGAACUGAUGGUCAUGCGCUUCUCACGCUUUGGCCAAGGCCAUGUGCACGACGAAGAAGGUCACGCCCACACUCAUCUUCCUGAUGAAUCCACCGUUUCCAACGAUUCCACUGAACCAAAGAACCACAUUCUAGGGGAGGAUCACCUUGGCCAUACCCGUGAGCACCACGACAACAGCGAUGACGAAUCCCCAAAUUAUAUCCAUGCGGUCGAGGACUAUGCCGCCCAGCUUACUUCGAUCUUCAUUCUGGAAUUCGGUAUCAUCUUCCACUCAAUCUUCAUCGGUCUUACUCUCGCAGUCUCGGGCGAGGAGUUCAUUACUCUCUACAUUGUGCUUGUCUUCCAUCAAACCUUUGAGGGUCUCGGUCUCGGUUCCCGCCUGGCCACGAUUCCUUGGCCCAAAUCAAAACGCAACACUCCCUACUUCCUGGGCCUCGCCUUCGGAGUCUCCACCCCCAUUGCCAUUGCUAUUGGACUGGGUGUCCGAAACAGCUACCCGCCCACCGGCCGAACCACCCUCAUCGUCAACGGUGUUUUCGACUCCAUCUCCGCCGGCAUUCUCAUUUACACGGCCCUUGUCGAGCUGAUGGCGCACGAGUUCAUGUUCAGCCACUCCAUGCGCAAGGCCCCAAUCUCCCACGUGCUAAUUGCCUUUUUCCUCCUCUGUGCCGGAGCUGCGCUCAUGGCCGUGCUGGGCAAAUGGGCCUAG